AUGACCGACAUGGCCGUCUCCCCAGUUGACAGUGCCCCAGACGCCAGACCGGCGAAGAAUAGGCAAUUUUCUCUGUACGCCAACCGAAUCAAGCCCGACGACCAUGGCCUUCACGAACCGCCGCCGCCGCUGCCUCAAUCCGCUCCCGUUUUGCCUCGCUGGGACUCACUCCAGAACGGGCCUCACCUGGUGGCUGCUGGUCCAACCGGAGACUCCCUCCCGAGAGACGUCUUCUACGACGCCCCCGAAUUGCCCAAGUCACCUCUCUCACCCAAGCGUAUUCCACUCUCGCCGCUUUCGCCUCUCUCGCCCAGUCGAGAAGAAUUUCCACGCAUACCAUUCGACGAGCCUCUGCCCUCUCCGAACCGAAUACUAUCUGCCAAGUCGUCCAAUGCCGACAUGCGGCAGUCUUCCGGCUCUGUUGGCAACUUUUCCAGACCACGAAAACCCAGCCUUAAGCUCCCUGUGCAACCCAGACCCGCUGCACCACGAGAAAACUCACCCCAGCUCAGUGAAGGCGGCUCGCCGUGGCUGCCUCCUCGUUCCCGUGCCCCGUCCAACGCUUCGGUGACAUCGACAUAUACCUUUGCUUCGCCUCCCGUCAACGCCUUUGACUUGUCAGCCCCUCCAUCACCUCGCCUCCGCACUGCUCCCUCCAACGCGCCCAGCAGGCCGCCGUUUACUUAUAAUCGCGUAGAGUCGUCCGUCUCGGCGCCUCCAGGACCCGUCGGCGGCUCUGGUGGCGCUCCUUGGGCCAGUGGGGACGAACUGCGGUCCAGUUUCAGGUCCCAGCUAACAGCCUCCACAACCCCAGGCACUGCAGUGACCGAGCGCAGCAGCGUCAUGACCAAGGACAGCUCUGUCAGCUCCUUGUACGCCAACGCAGACGCCAAUGCAGACGCCGAGCCAGACGAGCCAAGUAUCGAGGAUGUCAUGGGCAUGUACGAGAGAGGUUUCAAAGAUGACACGGACGAUGAAGAAGACGCCACUGACUCGGAGGAGCUGCCUCACAUUCAUCGACAGCUGACGACCCUUUCCGAAACGGGCCCAGCCGUCGCACGUUUCGAUCACACUGAUAGUCUUCGUCCUCCCCGCCCAACAGCCCGCCCGCCUGCAACCGCCUUGGACGCCGAGAUUCGCCAGUCCAAGUUACUCUUUUCCAGUCCGGCAUUUACAUCGAUGUUGCCCGCCAUUACCAGCGAGAACAUGACCAACAAGGACGAAGUCUCCCACAAGAGAGACUCGGCCAAGUCUGUCGGUUCCGGUCCCUCUGUGGCAUCCGGCCCUUCUGUAGCAUCCCGGCCCGCCACCUCCGAUUUUAAAGAAACCAUUCCCGUGUCUCCCAUCACCGACACCGACUCGCAAACAAACUCUAUUUCCCCCACGCCGCCUCCACCAGCUCCGUCGUACGCCGAGACGGAAGAGCCUGGCGCCCGCGACCGCUACGGCUUCAAGAAGCAGAGCCAGUCCAUCACUCGAGAGCAGUACGACGAAUGGAACAAACAUUACUCACAAUACUUGGCCCGUCGCCGCCGCAAGUGGGUUGCCUAUCUCAAGGACAAUGCUCUGAUGACGGACCGGCCGAUUCGCUUCCCCCCGCCCAACCAAAAGACGAAGCGAUUUGUCCGCAAGGGCAUCCCUCCGGACUGGCGAGGCGCCGCCUGGUUCUACUACGCCGGCGGUCCUGCCAUUCUGGCCAAGCAUUCUGGGCUGUACGAGAAGCUGCUCAUAUCGCACGCAAAGCAGAUUGAUGUCGACGCCAUUGAGCGAGAUUUGCACCGCACAUUCCCUGACAAUAUCCAAUUCAAGCCCUCACCGACGGGAUUUGACGGCUCAACAUCAAGCAGUGUGCGACAAAGCCAGUCUACACUCACAAGUAACGACACGUCGAGCGAAUGCAGCGCGCGGGCAGUACCCGGCGAGCCACCUAUCAUUACAUCUUUACGCCGCGUCUUGCACGCAUUUUCGAUCUACAACCCCCGCAUCGGAUACUGCCAGAGUCUGAAUUUCCUGGCAGGUCUGCUGCUUUUAUUUGUCGAGACGGAGGAGCAGUGCUUCUGGCUGCUCAACGUCAUUACACAUAUUUAUCUUCCCGGCACGCACGAGAUGAGUCUCGAGGGUUCCAAGGUGGACCUGGGCGUGCUGAUGGCCGAAAUCCGCGACACCAUGCCUGAGGUGUGGGAUCGAAUCGGUGGUGAAUUGGAGGAGCAGACCAACUUUAAACCGACACCGACCAGAUCACUACGACGUCCGCUGGGCAAGUCGCGCCACCGCGGGCAUCCAAGUCUGUCCACGGAACGACUGCCUCCGAUUACGCUGUGCAUGACGGCAUGGUUUAUGAGCUGCUUUAUCGGUACACUACCCAUCGAAACUACGCUACGCGUGUGGGACGUCUUUUUCUACGAGGGCUCAAAGACGCUCUUCCGUGUGGCCCUGGCUAUCUUCAAACACGGCGAGGCGGAGAUCAAGUCGAUCACGGACCCGAUGGAAAUGUUUGGCGUAGUGCAGGCGCUACCGCGAAAGAUGCUGGAUGCCAACCUGCUGAUGGAGCAGUCUUUUAAGAAGCGCAACGGGUUCAACCACCUCAACCAGGAUGUUAUUGACGACAAGCGGCGAGAGCGACGGGACAAGGCGAAAAAGGACCGCGAGCAGAUUCAGCACAGCCAGACCAUCAACGGCAACGUGACGGAGACGGAGACGGCUUUGGUGGUGAGGAGAGGGACGUUGUUUGGGAAGAAGAAGCGGGUGAGGCCCGAGCUGUAG